AUGCUGCGCUCAUCUGCUGCACAUGGUCGACAGCUGCUGUUGUCCUCGACUCGUCAACGGACGGCACCCCAAUGGCUGUCCAAAGCCGGAGCCAGCACCCGGCUCUCCGGUCAGAGGUUCUUUGCCGAUUCUAAACCUCCUACCGCCGGUACGCCCACUCCAGCUACCCCAUCCUCCGACUCCGUCCCCCCCUCGGAGACCGUCCUCAAGGCGUCACCCAGUGAGCAAGGUUCACAGGCUCCUCCACCCCCACCGCCCGCUUCGGUUCCCAAAACAGGACGUUUCCGCCGAUUUCUGUUCUAUUUGGCCCUCACAUCGGGCCUUGCAUACGGUGGAGGUAUCUUCUUGGCCCUGAAGUCCGACAAUUUCCAUGAUUUCUUCACGGAGUACGUCCCUUAUGGUGAAGAGGCCGUUCUCUAUUUCGAAGAACGCGAUUUUUACCGCCGAUUCCCGAACACUCUCGGAGCUCCCAAGCGCAGUGCUUCCAAGGAUGAGGGCAGCAAGAUCACAAUUCCGAGCAAGAGCGGACUCUCUUCUAAGGUCGCAGAGGAAGAGCCUUCCGGCAGUGAUGUUUCACAGAAAGGUCCACAUAUGAGCGCUGUCGAAGCCCGCCGUAAGGGUAACGAAGCGCAAACUAUGACCGACACUGCUAAGAUGGGGCAUAAGACAAGCGCUGUGGAAAAGGCAAAGAGCGACAAAGCGGCUAAGGAACCGGCCGCUGAGAAGACGAGUGAAGAGCCCAGACAACCAGCCAUCCCUGUUGUGACACCUCUUGAAUUCGCCCAGGUCAACGAGGGGGAUGAGGCUAUUGUGCAAGAGCUGGUGAAGACUUUUAACGACAUCAUCACUGUUAUCAGUGCUGAUGAGAACUCAUCCAAGUAUGCUGGUUCUAUCGACAAGGCUAAAGAGGAACUUCAAAAGGUUGGAGAGAAGAUUAUCGCUGUUCGGGAGGAGGCACGUCACGCUGCCCAGGAAGAGAUUAAGCAGGCCCAUUCGACUUUCGACGAGUCUGCUCGUGAACUCAUCCGUCGCUUUGAGGAAGCACGCGCCAACGAUGCUGCUCAGUACCGGGAGGAGUUCGAGGCAGAGCGUGAAAAGUUGGUUUCUGCGUACCAGAUGAAGAUCCAGACGGAACUGCAGAGGGCGCAGGAAUUGGCCGAACAGCGCCUUCAAAAUGAAUUGGUUGAGCAAGCCAUUGAACUUAACCGCAAGUAUCUUCACGACGUGAAGGAUCUUGUCGAGCGGGAGCGCGAGGGCCGUCUGAGCAAGCUCAAUGAGCUCACCACCAAUGUGAGUGAAUUGGAGAAGCUCACCUCUGGCUGGAGGGAUGUGAUCGACACAAACCUCAAGACCCAGCAGCUUCAGGUCGCCGUGGAUGCGGUGCGCUCUGUCCUGGAACGCUCUACCGUUCCUCGGCCAUUUAUUCGUGAGCUUGUCGCUGUGAAGGAGCUGGCCGCGGACGACGCAGUCGUAGAGGCCGCCAUUGCUUCCAUCAACCCUACUGCUUACCAACGCGGGAUUCCAUCUACCCCUCAAGUCAUCGAGCGUUUCCGCCGCGUCGCUGAUGAGGUCCGCAAGGCAAGCCUUUUGCCCGAGGACGCCGGUAUUGCCAGUCACGCCGCCAGCUUUGUUCUGAGCAAGGUUAUGUUCAAGAAGGACGCGGCUGCUGGCAGUGAUGAUGUGGAGAGUGUCCUUGUCCGGACCGAGAACCUUUUGGAAGAGGGCAACCUCGACGCCGCCGCUCGUGAGAUGAAUGGUCUUAAUGGCUGGGCCAAGAUCCUGAGCAAGGAUUGGCUCAACGAAGUGCGCAGGGUUUUGGAAGUGAGACAAGCACUUGAGGUGAUCGAAGCCGAAGCGCGCCUUCAGUGCCUGCGGGUUGAAUAA